GGGAGCUCGAGUGCAGGUGCAGAGCCGGGCGAGAGCAGGAGCCGAGCGGAGCGCCGGAGCCUCGCCAUGCGUCCGGCGGGCAGCGGCCACUCGGCUUGGGCGGCGGCGGCGGCGGGGCUGGUGCUGCUGUGCGUGGCCGGCGGAGCCAGAGCUCAGGAGGUCCAAGCUGAGAAUGUGACGGUGGCAGAAGGCGGCCAGGCUGAAAUCAACUGCAGACUGCACCAGUAUGACGGUUCCAUCGUGGUGAUCCAGAACCCGUCUCGCCAGACGCUUUUCUUCAAUGGCACGCGAGCUCUUAAAGAUGAGCGCUUCCAGCUGGUGGAGUUUACUCAAAAGCAAGUCCGCAUUGUACUCUCCAAUGCCCGCCUGGAAGAUGAAGGUGGCUACUUCUGUCAGCUGUACACGGACGACACACACCAUCAGAUCGCCAUUCUUACUGUCCUGGUGCCACCAGAGAACCCCUUGGUGGAGGUGAAGGAACAAGCCGUGGAAGGAGGAGAGGUAGAACUCACCUGCAUCGUUCCGAGAUCGCGUCCUGCUGCCACCCUGCGCUGGUACCGGGAACGAACACCAUUACCAGGCAUUAGUAGCAAGCAAGAAAAUGGGAAAGUGUUCAGUAUUACCAAUGUGCUCCAUUUCCGGGUGGAACGUAAGGACCACGGCAGCAUUGUGACCUGCGAGGCCAACCACCCUGCGCUGCGAGGGCAGCAGAAGCAGACGCAGUACGUGCUAGAUGUACAGUAUGCACCCACAGUGAGGAUCCGCCCUCCUCCAGGGGUGAUGCGGGAAGGAGAUACCUUAGUCCUGACAUGUGCCAUCAAUGGCAACCCACCCCCCACAAAGAUCCAUUGGAGCCGAGCAAACGACUCCGUGCCAGAGCGGGCCGUCAUACAGGGCGACACGUUGACUAUCCCCAGUCUCAGCAUGCUGGAUAACGGCACCUACUCCUGCCAGGUGGAGAACAAGCACGGCCGCUCGUCAGACCAGUAUGUGCUGGUUGUUUAUGACCCCGGGGCUAUCGUGGAAGCCCAGACUUCAGUACCCUACGCCAUCGUCGGGGGCAUCUUGGCGCUCCUCGUCUUCCUGGUCAUCUGCGUCCUUAUAGUCAUGGUCUGGUGUUCCAUCCGGCAGAAAGGCUCCUACCUGACCCACGAGGCAAGCGGUUUGGACGAGCACGGAGAAGCCCGUGAGGCCUUCCUCAAUGGUGGUGAUGGCCAUAAACGCAAGGAAGAGUUCUUCAUCUAAGCCGGGGAUGUGGGAGGGAGGGCAAAGGGGGUGUGGGUUGCCAGGGACAGAAGGUUGGGGGAAGCGGCCGAAAAAGGGGGACCUGGGAGCGAGAGGUUUCUAGGGAAACUGCCUCUCUUGCCAGAGCAGAUGGGUUGGGUUGGGAAGGGUUGGAUAUAAAAAAGAAAGGGGGUGGGAGGGGGGGGGGAGAAAAAAAACCACACAGGAAAAAAAAAGCUUAAAAAAAUCUAUUGCGUAAAAAAAACAAAAAACAUGCGGCCACCACUUUUUUCGGUUUUAUUUUCGAAACCGAGGACUUUAGCCCCACCUCCAGCCAUGAAGCCCCACCUCCUUCUGCCAUUGGCUGUCCCAUGCGCUCUGAACAGGAAGUGACAUUCCUUUAUUCCGGGGAGAGGUAUGUGAGUCCAUGUGUGUCAUGGAUCAGAGCGUAGGGAUAUCCGCACCCCUUUUCCCAGGGCGGCAGAGCUAUAAGGGAGGGCCCUGUUUCUUUGUAAAUAGCUUAAAAGUUAACCCUGCAGAAAGUAGGAAUAUCGAAGGUGCAAAGGGAAGCAGAGCUGCCCAGAUUUUGAGGGCGGGGGGCAAGGGGGGGGCAUCGUAACCUGGACCAGGCCCCUGAGGGAGACUGUGGUUUGUUAGCUGUGGGUUGUUUUUUUCCCCCAGAUAUUAGCACUGAAUUUCAAAAUAUCUUUUGGGGGGAGGGAGGGGAGGGGUUAUGAACACAUUAGCUCCGGGGCACCUUCAGUUGCCCCGGGGAGAACUUCUCUACCUUGGGGGAGAGCUGAUCUGUGAGUUAGGAUCCCUCAGGUCUAUUUCCACAUGGAGGAGGGCAGCGGGGUCCGUCGUUCAAAGAGCCAGCAUAAAGGGUCGUCCCGAAUUCUCUUCGGGACUUCCGGGCUUUGAGUUCCUCUUGGCCGCAAGCUUUCCCUUUUCGUGGUGGCAGCGUUGGGCCUUAAGAAGCAGGUUGGACUCCUUUUUUCCUUCAAAGCCAUGAUAGUUUGGGGAUGGGAAGGGAGGGGGGAGAGGAAGGGGGUGUUCUCUGUCUGUCUCUGUUGUCCUUGUUGUGUGAUGUGCUCGGCCGGGAACAGGGGGUGGGACCCCACAGCCCAGUGGUGUACUGCAGGAAACUGCCUUAUACCGAGCUAGACCUUUGGCCCUCUUCGAGCUAAGUAUUGUCUUCUUCUGGCAGCAACCCUACAAGGUCUCAGGCUUACUAAGAUCUUCCUAUCAGAGAUCCUUUCGUUGGGAAUGGGCCAUGGUGGCAGGGGCUGAUGGGAAUUGUAUCCAUGAACAUCUGAAGAGCCACAGGUUGCAGACUCCUGCGCUAGGAAUUGAAUCUGGGACCUUCUGCAUCAAGAACAUCUGUUCUGCCACUGAGCCACGGCCCCACCCCAAAGCUCUGGCCAUUCACCUUGUAUUGGAUGGCAAAGGAUCUACGGACCUGACUUCAGUGUGGGGGGGAGAGAAAGAUUUUUCUUUUUUAAAAAAUUGCAUUUAACAACGUUGGCUUGUGCAGGUUUACCAUGGCCGGUUAAGCCCCUCCCCCUGGCUUUUAGUGUGGGGGGGUGGCUCAUGAGACUAUCGUGUCCCCCGACCCUAAUAGAAAGUCCCUGGUGUAGCAUAUUUGUCUUUCCCCUCCACCCUCUCUGCUCACUGUCCCAGAAAGCCGAUGGAAUGGCAGUUCUGCAAGAAGAAGAUUGGAGGGGAUCAGCAAUAAGCCUUUUCCCCCUCCUCCCUCGGUGUCCCGUUGCGAUCUCGUUUUGAUGAUUUUUGACCGCCCCAGACACAACUCUGCAUCGGUGUGGAAGAGGCCACUUUUAUAAACAAGUUGCUCCAGACGCCUCAGCGGUAACUGCAAGCGAGCGCUGGGGGGGCAGUACUUGGGGCGUCUGCAGUUGGGAAGUCUCCCUGAGGAGCUAGCUUUCUCCACCACUGGCCUAGAGGCAGCUGCUCCACUCGGCCCCAGGCAGCCCACGUUGUUACUGUGCUUUGCCACGAAACCGGUUGCCGCAACCAGUUGCCCCUUCCCCCCUUUCUGGUGGUUCCUUCCAGUUCUUUCCGCUCUCAGUGAUUUUUCUCAUUUGUGCCAGUAGAUGCCCACCCCUCCAUGCCCUUCCCCCCCCGAAAUUCUCCCACCCUUUUCCCCUCUUGUCUUUUGUCGGGGGGGUGGGGUGGGGAGAAGAAACUGGCGUGUAAUUCUGUGUCUGUCUCUGGCUCGCGGUUUUUAUUUUAUAUUGUUUGUGUCUUGGAAGGGGAGAUUAAAAAAAAAAAGAAUGGAAAAUAUAAUAAUUAAUAUAUAACUGGGGGUCGGGAGUGCGCGGGGGAUUUCUCCUCCGCAGCCCAAGACUGUUUCCCCUGUGCCCAAAAGUUAAUAUAUAUGUAAAUAUCUAUGUCUGCCUUUUAACCACCUUUGAUACUUCAAUAAAUCCCCCUGAUUAAUUCUUUUAA